GUAGUAAGGAGAAGGAUGUCGGCUCCGGCGGCGGCGGCGCUGGAAGGGGGGGCGGGGGCGGCGGCGGCGCUGCGGGCGGUGGUGGCGCGGGUGCGGCAGGCGGCGGAGCGGUGCGGGCGGCAUCCGGAGCGGGUGAAGGUGGUGGCCGUCAGCAAGACGAAGCCGCCCGCCGUCGUCCGCCACGUCUACGACGCCGGCCACCGCUGCUUCGGCGAGAACUACGUCCAAGAACUCCUCGAAAAGGCCCCUCAGCUUCCUGCAGAUAUUGAGUGGCAUUUUAUCGGACACCUGCAAAGCAACAAAGUGAAAUCGCUUUUGGCUGGAGUACCAAAUCUUGACAUGGUUGAAAGUGUAGAUGAUGAGAAGAUUGCUAAUCAUCUUGAUCGCGCUGUAGCUAGCUUGGGAAGGAAACCUCUGAAGGUUUUGGUGCAAGUAAAUACCAGUGGAGAAGAAUCAAAAUCCGGUGUAGAUCCUUCGGGUUGUGUAGAACUUGCAAAGCAUGUGAAGAUGGGUUGUCCUAACCUUGUAUUUUCUGGCCUAAUGACAAUAGGAAUGCUCGACUACACGUCAACCCCUGAAAAUUUCAAGACUCUAGUUAACUGCCGGGAUGAGGUGUGCAAGGAGCUCGGAAUACCGGAAGAGCAAUGCGAGCUAUCUAUGGGCAUGUCCUCUGACUUUGAGCAAGCGAUUGAAAUGGGCAGUACGAUCGUGCGAAUCGGAUCUACCAUAUUUGGUGCGAGGGAAUAUCCAAACAAGAAUAAGAACUAGUUAUGGAGGCUCGGAUGACGACAAAUGCUGUUAUUAUUUAUGUUUAGAAGUGUGAUGAUAUGAUUACGGAUUUUUUUGAUAGAUCAUCCAUAGAAUAUUUAACUCUACUCUUGUUUGUACCCCGAACAAAGUGGAGGAAUAAGGGUUGCUAUGUGAUUAUGUAAUCUUUUGGUCCUCUAGAUGUAAAUUAGAAAGCACAGCUUAGAAGUUUAAAUGAAGUUUUUUAAGCUUGCCAGCAUAUUAAUUUUUUGGCUAUUAUUUUGUA